UGCAUCAUGAAGUUAUUUAGAAAAGGAGUUUCUAUUUCUCGUCAUGUUUGGAUCAAAUGCAAAGUGAAACACUGGAAAGCAAGAAGCAGAAGCUUAAGAAAAUUUGAAGAAGAUAGUUCCUUUCAUUCUCCCUCCAAUUUCUUUGACCUGACUGAAUAGGAAAUGUAAAAUCUGAACAUUUUUUCUUUUUUCCCCAAUUGCUCGCACAAUACGCACCUUUCAUAUCCAUAUUUCAAUUCAGAGUGGGCGAGUGGGGAAGGAAAGUUUUCAAGAAGCAAAUACGUCAAAUCGAUGAACCCGAAUCUUGUAAGAACUAGAGGGAGAGGGACUUCCGCCAUUUGUGCAUAUUAGACAAAAUGACUUUUGGGGUAGAAAGGAAAAGUUCUGGAUAUACUUGGUGCUAGUGACUGAAGGAGAGGGAUCAUCUUAUGCACAAAAAAUUGAAAGAAGAGGAUAUUGCUAUUUGUGAGUGCAAGUAUGAUCCUUGUAAUCCUGAUAGUGCAUGUGGGGAAAGCUGUCUGAAUGCAUUAACCAACACAGAGUGCACGCCAGGAUAUUGUCCUUGUGAUCAGCACUGCAAGAAUCAGAAAUUUCAGAAAUGUGAAUAUGCAAAGACAAAGUUAUUCAAAACUGAAGGGCGUGGUUGGGGUCUUCUUGCUGAUCAGAACAUUAAGGCUGGAGAAUUCAUUAUCGAGUAUUGCGGGGAGGUUAUAUCAUCUGAAGUAGCAAAGCGAAGAUCCCAUGCUUAUGAGGCUCAAGGUCUUAAGGAUGCAUAUAUUAUCUCACUGAAUUCGAACUAUUUUAUUGAUGCCACAAAGAAAGGAAGCCUUGCAAGAUUUAUUAACCAUUCGUGUGAACCAAAUUGUGAGACAAGAAAGUGGACAGUUUUGGGAGAGACGAGAGUUGGAAUAUUUGCAAAGGUUGAUAUUUCUGUUGGAACUGAACUGGCGUAUGAUUAUAACUUUGAAUGGUAUGGCGGGGUCACUGUCCGGUGUCUUUGUGGGGCUGCUAACUGUUCUUUAUUUCUAGGUGCCAAGUCUCAGGGUUUCCAGGAUUACUACCAUGUCUGGGAAGACGGAGAUGAAAGGUACACAGUUGAAGACGUCCCUCUCUAUGAUUCUGCUGAGGAUGAGCCUUUUCCAAAACCUGCUUCUACAACAGUCCGUGUUAAACAUGAAUCAUUAGAAAAUGAUCCGGCUGCAGUGCAAAAAAGUUUGGCAUCUGACAUUAAAUUGGAGCAAGAUGUAACAGGGAAAUCAGUGGUAACUGAAAAUAACAAGGAGAUGGAAUUUAGUUUAGAAGAGAGUAAACAAGUGUUUCCUCAAACAAAUGCUAUGAUAUCUCGUAUCAGAAGCAACAGUACAUGCCGGAACUAUAAUAUUGGUCCAACUCCUUCCUCCAAGAAAAGACCGCAGCAUACUGUAAACCAAAAAACAAAAACUUCUGCCAGGAAAUACGUCAGCUCAAAACCCAUUGCUGAACUAUUUGCGUCAAAGCAAGCGCAAGAGGAAAUAAGGAGAUAUGAGGAACUUAAAAACAAAGCUGUCUCAGAGCUCAACUCGUUGUAUGAUGAAAUUCGUCCAGCAAUAGAAGAACACCAGAGGGACAGCCAAGAUAAUGUGUCUACCAGUGUAGCAGACAAGUGGAUACAAGCCACCUGCUCAAAGUGGAAAGCAGAAUUUGACUUUAGCUUUUCGAUUAUCAAGAAUGUGAUGUGUCCCCCAAAUGUUGCUGCUCAAGACGGAGGAGAUGAUGCUCACAACGAAAUCAAGUAUUUGACGAAUUGAAAACUCUUUUACAGUGGAUUUUGAUUUCAAGUCGUUAGCUAGCCUGUUUGGUAGGGACAUACAUACUUUCAAAUUUUAAGCUUGGUUUCUCCAUUAAUGCAUCUCUGUGAAUCCUUGAUAAUUUCAUGUGUUGCAUUAUGGUCACCACGGCAUUGGUUUAA